CGUUCAACCACUCUGUUCAAAGAGAGUUAGUUUCCCCGAGUAUGGACAAAUUCAAGAUGAAGGACGACAAGUACACGAGACCCGAGCAUCAAGAAAUUUUAGACGAAUUCACUCGAGUUCGAGAUGCAUACGUGGCUUUAAAAACUUACUGCGACUCUCAAGAGGAAACACUGAAGAUGGAAAACGAGCGGUUAGAAAGAAUGAAAGGGAAUUUGGAAAGACUAUCGAAAGUAUGUCUGCUUCUCGAGAAUCGAUACAAGUUAAUAGCGGAAGAAAUGCAAACAGAGAACGCGACUCUUCGUAAAACGGUCCAAGACUUGAAGGAACAGUGCAACCACUUGCGUCUGAUCGUCGCUGACCGUAAUGGCGACUACGAACAAACUGUCAGACUACAGGACGAGGUCGAAGUUCUGAAAGGUCAAUUGCUGCUUCAACAAGAGAAAUACAGGGAAGAUGUUGCCUCGCUGAAUCACCGACACUCUGACGAGAUUCAGAAAUACAAAGUGUUGCUAAUGAACGCCAAGCAGAAUGCCGUUUCCGUUCAAAAUAAAAAGAGAGGACAAACAAAGGACUCGAAUAAAAGCAACAAGAGUACAACGUGUUUCAGGUGGCCAGAGUUGGACAUAGAAAAGAGUAACAGCACCUCCAUGGAUAUCGAGGAAGAAAUCGUUAAAAAUGGUACAAGAAACAAGAAAAGAAAGUUAUUUCACGAAGAUAACGACACUGCGAUUAAUAUCGUUUAAAAUAUGUACUUUACGUAAGAAUCUACAUAUAGGUACAUACACAUGUAUGUUACAUAAGUAAUCGACGAUGUCGUUAAAUUAAGUAUCCAUGGGUAGCUAAGAAAACAAGAAAGAGCUUUUAUUUUUACCAUUCCG